CAACGGUCCGGCACUAUCCUGCUCUUCGUCCGCCCUCAGGACACGACCAUGAACGGAUUUGUGCUCGUUGGUGCGUUUGUGCUACUGUGUCAGGUGCAAACCGGUUCGUCUAUAAAAUGCUACAGCUGCGCCUCGGAAGAGAACAAGGGGUGCAUCAAACCGAACAAAAGCAACAUCACCUUGGUGAACUGCACGCAGAAGACGCUCGAGGAGACGCGCCGUUUCGCCGCCAACAUCCGGCAAGAGUACGACAAGGUCUUCGAGGUGGACAUGCACGAAAUGGGCUUGGAACUCAACUGUCUUAAAAUGAUCACCAAAGUUGACAACAAAGAGUAUGUGAUAAGAGGUUGCCAAUUAGCGGUACAACAACACCUGGACAUCUGUCACAAGGUGAAAACGGAAGAUCGAGAAUUUGUUAGCACACUUCACUGCUCCAGAUGCGGAAGCGACGGAUGCAACUCCUCCACACAGCUUCGAUAUUCCGCAACUCUAAUUGCAUUUUUCAUCAUGACCAAAAAAUUACUCUUAUAAAUUUACUAUAAAUUUACCGACUGGGAAUUUAGAAACAGUUUUUAGAUCGAUGUUCGAUCAUUUUGUUGAUGCAAAAAACUAUGGAGCAAAGUGUCCUGAAUAAUUUGUACUUGUAGUUGUUUUAACAGAGCUCUAAAAUAU